AAAACCCAAGAAACCCGAAAGUAAAAAACAAACAUUUUUAUUCUGCUGUCAAACACAAAAACAACAGCGUCUGUUGAAGAGAUACGGUGGGAUAGUAUUUGUUGUUCGUGUGGAAAAUAAAAGUCGUGCAGCACCUUUUCACAUGUACAAUAUACUUGUUCAAACCAAUGUUGACUAUCAAACUGUGUGUUCGAUGAUUGUGAGUAGAGACAAUCAAGAUGGCGUAAAGGACGGUAUGACUUUGUUGAAAGAAUGGAACACAUACUGGAGCCCAAAAUAUUUUGCUGUGGAUAGCGUUAAAGAGAUAUACAAUGCUGUUGAUGAUUUAUUUCCAGAAGCAUCGUACUUUUUAAAUCCUCAAUCUUAUGAAGACAAAUGGAUGGACUUUUUAAACACACCUUCAAACGAACUAGUUAAUCAAGCCGAAGAAGUGAUGGCCUUCUUGAGAAAUAUGGCGUACUCUACCACAGAAGAUUCUCUGACAAUCGCAGCAGCACUUUUUGAGGGUAGUAGUGCAUGGAAUAAUUCGUCCAAGUUGAGGACAUGGUUUCAAACAACGUGGUUGCAUAUGGCUAAGAAAUGGGUAUUUGGUUACCGUCCAGAAGACUUGUUAAUUACAAACCAUUGGAAGGUGAGUCCAAACGAGUGCGUAAAAAAGUACGAACAAGCAUUAGUAGAGGUGACACAUACAAAGUAUUGGUUGGAAACUGUUAUUAAAAGCGUAUGUACAAAGAUUUCUGAAGAUGAUUAUAAGGAGUACGUCAACCGAAAUAAAGAGCUUUAUUUGACAAGUAAAGAGUUUUAUAGAGAUAACCCGAUAUCAAGUUGUUACCAAGGCGUUCCCAUGGCAAUAUUACCUCAUGUCUACGAUGUCGGUGUAAUUGCUCAACAAAAUAAAUUUGAAAUUUCAGAUAAUCAGUUAGGUCUCUUUACUGUAAAGUAUGAACCUGAAUUUGUUGACAUUGCUGAUGUUAAGAAACUGGAAACAACCGCUGAUCAACCUGGCAAAGAGUCUGGCACGUCUCCAAAAGCGGAUGCUACUAUAGAUGGCAAGAUUGAAGAGUUGAGCAAAGAUGUUUUACAAUCUGGAGAGUUUACUGUUUCAUUUGGUGAUUUAUGGAACUAUCCGUUUUGCACAUGUUCGUACUGGCAAAUGUAUAAACUGCCGUGCGUUCAUAUGUUUGCAGUUUUCUGUGAAGUACCUGAUUGGAAAUAUGAUAUGUUGGCUCCAUUAUAUCGUUUUGCAAAUGUACUUCAUUUCGAUUAUUCUUGUGUAGAUACAGAAAUUGACAAUAAAAGUUCUUCUUCUGAUGCUUGUUGUCAAACCACAAUUUCGAGUCCGUCGGUCGAGAUUCAAAAAGAUUUUAAUGAGGAUAAUCUGUUCAUCCGUCCUCCAUUCAUUGACAAAAACUUUCUUCAGCAAUGCAACGAAUUUUUGCUGCAUUUUGAUAAAUUAGCAAUUCUGUUCAAGGAUAAAAAACUGUAUAAAACGUUACGUCAUGAACUUCAGUCUUUAAAAAACGACCUGUUGUCGAAUGCAGUUAGUAAGAAAAAUCCAUUUGAAGUUUUAACUGUGAAACAUGAUUUUUCAAAUGAUAUAAAACGUUCUUCUUCGCACGUGUCUCCUGUAUGUGUUACAAAGGUGGAGAAAUCUACAUUUUCUGUGACGCAAAUGAAAAUUGCUGCAAGUAAAAAGAAUGUUGCAGUCGUGAAAGUGGCACAGGGUGAUGACGUCAAUAGCGUGUUAGACGCACUUGCUCAAGCAAAUCCACGCAAAAGUUUUAAGGUAUAUAGAGAAGACGCCGCUAAAGAACUUCUUUCAGAGAAUUCAGCUGCAACCAAAUUAAGUAGCAAAACACUUACACAACAAAUUUCAGAACUAACUCCAAUUCUAUCAAAAGUUUCUGCCAUAUCAGUUGAACGGAAUUUAAAACGCACCAUAAGUGGUGUCAAGGCUGCAGGUAAUACAUCUAAGAAGGAGAGUGCAGGAUGUAUAUCAAACGUACCUAAGAAAUUACAACUAGCGCAAGUGAAAACAACCAAAUUUACUGCAGAAAGCAAUGGUAUAGUAGGAUCAAAAACUUCCGAUAAAAUAUCUGUUUGUUCACCCACUUUGUCAGUGAAUAGCAAUCUCACUGAGGGUAAAGAUACUACAGUUAAAAAUCCAACUAUUGCAAAGGAUGUCGGUCCUUUACUUGGAGUGUGUACAAGUCCUGUCUCAUCAUCAAUUGUCAGCAACAAGAAAACCCACACUUCCCGCACGCUGGCAGUGAAGUUAGAUGCUCAUUCUUCUAUCCCAAUAACUUUGGAGAAAAGCGAACCACGUCCUUCGAAAAACUAUCCCCGUAGUUCGGUAGUUGUAAAAUCUAAAUCACAAUCAGGCCAUGUUUCUGAUCGACAAAGUACAGACAAACGAACCUUAUCACCUAAAAGAAAAAUCAUUUCCGUGAUGGAUUUUUUACCCAAUUUUAAGAAAAAAUGUCCAGACAUAUGAAAAUCGCUAUGAGAUGAAGUUUCCAAAACAUUUUUAAGUUCCCAAAUUGGAGAACUAUUUAACUAUUUUUUGAUUUUAUAUUUAUUCCAAUGAGAAUGUAGAUAACGGUUAUGUGAAAUAGUUUUGAUGUAUUUUUAUUGUAUAUAUAAUUUGAAAGAAAAACUUUUCUAAGUAAGGUCACUACAA